AUGCCUCUCGUAAGAUUUUGGCGCGCCUUCAUAGAAGCUUUACAAGCGCUGGUAUUUUGUGGAUUUUGCAAUAAAGAAGAAAGUGAUGAGAUAAAAGAGAUCGAGAGAACGAACACAAGUAAUCAAGAUGAAACUAACAUCAGCAAGUUGGAGGAAGAGAGCAAUGAUGUGCAAGAGUUUAAAGCCGUGAUUGUUGAGGAAGUAAAAUGGCUAAUGGUUACUGAUGAAGAUGAGAAUGUAAAGGAAGACAUUUGGGAAGACAUCACUUCCCCUAAGAUUCGUGCAAAGGUAACAGCCAUUCAAGUAGCGAACAUCACAAGAAUUGAUACUGAGGAAGUAGAAGAGGAAGCCUUUGAACAUGACCAGUGGCUGGACGUCAGCGAAGGAGAAGCUAGGGGUGAUAUUGCCUCAAAAAAGAUUCCUCUAGAAGAUAUCACUGUGUUUGAGGUGGUAGGAAAUCUCCAAUCGUCAGAUGAGGUCGAUGCAGAAUAUGAAACAGAGACUCAACCCACAACUGAACAAGUUCACUCUGUUGGAGUCCAAGAGAGCUGUGAGGACAACAAAGUGGUUUCCAAGGAGAUAAAGGUGCUCCGCAUUACUUGGGAAGAGCUUCUCUUAGCAGAGAGACACAUGGAUUCAAAGAAACACGCGGAAGCAGAGAUUCAACCCAAUAACGAACAAGUUUACUCUGGUGAGAGUCAUGACGAGAAAGUUUCUCGAGAUACCGAAAUGAAAGAAAUGGAAACUGCACAAGUCCAAGAGAGCUGUGAGGACAACAAAGACGUUACUAAGGAGAUAAAGGUGCUCCGCCUUACUUGGGAAGAGCUUCUCUUAGCAGAGAGACAUAUGGAGUCGGCUGUUGUGGAAGAUUUGAGUUCAGAUCAAGUCGAGUCAACAAGAUUAACUUUGGCACAAGAAGAUCCUGCAAUCCAGGCCUUUAAGAUCAUAUCCAAUGAUAGGAAGAGGUCUAAAGAAAAGAAGAAGCGAAGAAAAAGAAAAAGGAAAGAAUCAUUAAAAAGUGUGGCUGAAGAGGACCCUGCUAUUCUGGAUCACAGGGAAAUACCUAGCCAUGGCUGUGAGAUAAAAGAGAUCGAGAGGACGAAAACAUGUAACGAAGAUGAAACUAACAAGGAAGAGAGCAAUGAUGUACAAGAGUUUAAAGCCGAGCUUACCGAGGAUGUUAAAUGGUUUAUGGUUACUAAGGAAGAUGAAAAUGUAAAGGAAGGCAUUUGCGAAGACAUCACCUCCCCUGAGGUUCAUGCAAAGGUAACAGCCAUUCAAGAAGCGAACAUCCCAAGAAUUGAAACUAAGGGAGUAGAAGGGGAAGCCUUAGAACAUGACCAGUGGCUGGACGUCACCGAAGGAGAAUCUUGGGGUGAUAUUGUCUCAAGGGAGAUUCCUCUAGAGGAUAUCACUGUGUUUGAGGUGGCGAGAAAUCUCCAGUGGUCGGAUCAGGUCGAUGCAGAAUAUGAAACAGAGACUCAAGCCACUACCGAACAAGUUCACUCAGUUGAGAGUCAUGCCAAGAGAGUUUCUCAAGAUACCGAGAUGAAAGGAAUGGAAACGGCAGAAGUCCAAAAGGGCUGUGAGGAUAACAACAAAGUUGCAAAGGAAAUAAAGGUGCUCCGCCUUACUUGGGAAGAGCUUCUCUUAACAGAGAGACACAUGGAAUCAGAGAAACACGUGGAAACAGAGAUUCAACGCAAUAACGAACAAGUUUACUCUGGUGAGAGUCAUGACGAGAAAGUUUCUCGAGAUACAGAAAUGAAAGAAAUGGAAACUGCAGAAGUCCAAGAGACCUGUGAGGACAACAAAGACGUUGCUAAGGAGAUAAAGGUGUUCCGCCUUACUUGGGAAGAGCUUCUUUUAGCAGAGAGACACAUGGAGUCGGCUGUUGUGGAAGAUUUGAGUUCAGAUAAAGUCAAGUCAACAAGAUUAACUUUGACACCAGAAGAUCCUGCAAUCCAGGCCUUUAAGAUCAUAUCCAAUGAUAGUGAUGAGAUAAAAGAGAUCGAGAGAACGAACACAAGUAAUCAAGAUGAAAAUAACAUCAGCAAGUUGGAGAAAGAGAGCAAUGAUGUGCAACAGUUUAAAGCCGAGACUGCUGAGGAAGUAAAAUGGUUAAUGGUUACUGAUGAAGAUGAGAAUGUAAAGGAAGACAUUUGGAAAGACAUCACCCUCCUUAAGAUUCAUGCAAAGGUAACAGCUAUUCAAGAAGCGAACAUCACAAGAAUUGAAACUGAGGAAGUAGAAAAGGAAUCCUUUGAACAUGACCAGUGGCUGGACGUCACCGAAGGAGAAUCUAGGGCUGAUAUUGCCUCAAAAAAGAUUCCUCUAGAAGAUAUCACUGUGUUUGAGGUGGUGAGAAAUCUCCAAUCGUCAGAUGAGGUCGAUGCAGAAUAUGAAACAGAGACCCGACCCACUACCGAACAAGUUCACUCUGUUGAGAGUCAUGCCGAGAAAGUUUCCCGAGAUACCGAAAUGAAAGAAAUGGAAACUGCAGAAGUCCAAGAGAGCUGUGAGGACAACAAAGUGGUUUCCAAGGAGAUAAAGGUGCUCCGCCUUACUUGGGAAGAGCUUCCCUUGGCAGAGAGAUACAUGGAAUCAGGGAAACACGCGGAAGCAGAGAUUCAACCCAAUAACGAACAAGUGCACUCUGGUGAGAGUCAUGCCGAGAAAGUUUCUCGAGAUACCGAAAUGAAAGAAAUGGAAACUGCAGAGGUCCAGGAGAGCUGUGAGGACAACAAAGUGGUUUCCAAGGAGAUAAAGGUGCUCCGCCUCACUUGGGAAGAGCUUCUCUUAGCAGAGAGACACUUGGAAUCAGAGAAAAACGCGGAAGCAGAGAUUCAACCCAAUAACGAACAAGUGCACUCUGGUGGGAGUCAUGCCGAGAAAGUUUGUCAGGAUACCGAAAUGAAAGAAAUGGAAACUGCAGAGGUCCAAGAGAGCUGUGAGGACAACCAGGAAGUUUCCAAGGAGAUAAAGGUGCUCCGCCUUACUUGGGAAGAGCUUCUCUUAGCAGAGAGACACAUGGAAUCAGAGAAACACGCGGAAGCAGAGAUUCAACCCAAUAACGAACAAGUGCACUCUGGUGAGAGUCAUGACGAGAAAGUUUUUCGAGAUACCGAAAUGAAAGAAAUGGAAACUACAGAAGUCCAAAAGAGCUGUGAGGUCAACAAAGAAGUUGCCAAGGAGAUAAAGGUGCUCCGCCUUACUUGGGAAGAGCUUCUCCUAGCAGAGAGACACAUGGAGUCGGCUGUUGUGGAAGAUUUGAGUUCAGAUCAAGUCAAGUCAACAAGAUUAACUUUGCCACAAGAAGAUCCUGCAAUCCAGGCGUUUAAGAUCAUAUCCAAUGAUAGGAAGAGGUCUAAAGAAAAGAAGAGGCGAAGAAAAAGAAAAAGGAAAGAAACGUUCAAAAGUGUGGCUGAAGAGGACCCUGCUAUUCUGGAUUACAAGGAAAUACCUGGCCAUUGCUGUGAGAUAAAAGAGAUCGAGAAGACGAAAACAUGUAACGAAGAUGAAACUAACAACAGCAAAUUAGAGGAAGAGAGCAAUGAUGUGCAAGAGUUUAAAGCCGAGCUUACCGAGGAUGUUAAAUGGUUUAUGGUUACUAAAGAAGAUGAGAAUGUAGAGGAAGGCAUUUGCGAAGACAUCACCUCCCCUGAGAUUCAUGCAAAGGUAACAGCCAUUCAAGAAGCGAACAUCACAAGAAUUGAAACUAAGGAAGUAGAAGAGGAAGCCUUUGAACAUGACCAGUGGCUGGACGUCAUCGAAGGAGAAUCUUGGGGUGAUAUUGUCUCAAGGGAGAUUCCUCUAGAGGAUAUCACUGUGUUUGAAGUGGCGAGAAAUCUCCAGUGGUUGGAUCAGGUCGAUGCAGAAUAUGAAAUAGAGACUCAAGCCACUACCAAACAAGUUCACUCAGUUGAGAGUCAUGCCAAGAAAGUUUCUCAAUAUACCGGGAUGAAAGGAAUGAAAACGGUCCAAAAGGGCUGUGAAGAUAACAACAAAGUUGCAAAGGAGAUAAAGAAACUCCACCUUACUUGGGAAGGUCUCCUGUUACCAACGAAUCACAUGGAAACAGGGAGUCAACCCACUACCGAGCACGUUCACUCUGUUGGGAAUCAUACCAAGAAAGUUUCUCGUGAUACCGAAAUGAAAGAAAUGGAAACUGCGGAAGUCCAAGAGAGCUGUGAGGACACCAAAGUGGUUUCCAAGGAGAUAAAGGUGCUCCGUCUUAGUUGGGAAGAGCUUCUCUUAGCAGAGAGACACAUGGAAUCAAAGAAACACGCGGAAGCAGAGAUUCAACCCAAUAACGAACAAGUUCACUCUGGUGAGAGUCAUGACGAGAAAGUUUCUCGAGAUACCGAAAUGAAAGAAAUGGAAACUGCAGAAGUCCAAGAGACCUCUGAGGACAACAAAGAAGUUACUAAGGAGAUAAAGGUGCUCCGCCUUACUUGGGAAGAGCUUCUCUUAGCAGAGAGACAUAUGGAGUCGGCUGUUGUGGAAGAUUUGAGUUCAGAUCAAGUCAAGUCAACAAGAUUAACUUUGACACCAGAAGAUCCUGCAAUCCAGGCCUUUAAGAUCAUAUCCAAUGAUAGGGAAAGAUCUCAGGUCAAGAGGAGAAAAAGGAAAUUAAGAAAGGGAAGAGAAAAAGCACAACAAACAGCCCCAAGCGUGGCUGAGGAAGACCCUGCUAUCGUAAAUAAAAAUCCAUCAAAUGUUCCUCACGUCUUAAACUGUGAUAAACUACAAUGUUAA